ACAAACUACGUUACAGCCUAGGACCGAGCCUUGUGGCACAACAUACUUUUCUUUUUUGGGGGAGUCAAAUAUUUUAGCAAACUCGGGUAGGAUCUAAACCAGACUAGUGCCUGUCCACGAUUGGCAAAACAUAAAAUUAAGAUACUAUGUUUGCUGAUGCCUUGUUAUCCAUGAGGUAAAUUGCACGAAACAAAUGUUUUCAGUUGGGUUGAUAUGAGCACAUGCAUUAAGCACUGUAUUUUCACUCAUAGCGUGUCCAUUCCUAUGUCCGAGAGAUACUGGCCCAAGAAUGCAGACCUUCUUUUGCCCGGCUGAGAAUGGAAGCUGAACAUUACAGCUCCACACCAGUGCUAGAGCCCUUUUUGGACAAGAACACUCAUUUUAAUGAACAAAUAUUCCAAUAUUCUCCACCGUUUGGUUUCCUGGAUAUGAAGAACAAGCUUCAGGAGAUCCUGGACCACCUACCAGCCUCCUCUGAGGAGAGACGUGGAGGGAGGGACUGUCGUCGAUGUCUAGUGAUUGGAAAUGGAGGGAUACUGAAAGGAUUAGGGCUCGGACCUCUUCUUAAUCAGUUCGAUACCAUCAUCAGAUUGAACAGCGGUCCUGUGCGAGGUUUCAGUGCAGACGUUGGGAACCGCACCUCCAUCAGGAUGAGUUAUCCUGAGGGCUCCCCGAAGGUCUGGGAAGACACAGAUUCGGAUAUCCGAUUUGUGGCUGUGAUCUAUAAGUCUGUCGACUUCCACUGGCUUCGUGCAAUGAUUACCAAGACGUCCGUUUCGCUGUGGGACUGGCUGUUUUUCUGGCAGAAUGUGCCAGUGAGUGUCCCGCUUAAGGCCUCUCAGUUUCGUCUGCUGAAUCCAGAGAUUAUUAGAGAGACGGCCUUGGAUCUGCUUCACUAUCCCAAUGUUAGAGAACGGCUGUGGGGCUGGGACCAGGUGAGCUGCUUGCCAUUGCUUUUAUAG